CAAAAACAAACGGUAAGCAGAUAAACAAAUUCUCCCACGGCCGAAAGGCGACAUUUUUCGUGUCGCGGCCCGUUGACGGCACACCACCACCAAAGCUAACCAUCGCACCCGUGGCCAACGCUUCACCGAAGAACGAAUCCCGAGUCUACGCGUUAGUGACCGCUCUUUGAAAUCGUUAUCAGCCAGAAAACAAGGUCACAAAAAAGGGACGCUCAAAGAGGCGAUAAUUCGAAUGACAGCAUAGACGCAGUGAGCGUGCCCCGAACGCUGCGGCGACGAUCUCUUCAAUCAGACAUCACAGUAGACAUUGUUACGUAAAAGCAAUUCUCACAACGUCGGAGCAACGAUCGCAGAAUGGAUUCAAUCGGCGUGGCUCUGCAACCGUACAAGGACACGGUGGGCCUGACGGCGGCCAUCGUCACGGUGGUGCAGUUCUUCGGUGGAGUGUUGGCCAUCAACGAAAUCCGGCGCCGUGGCAGUACCGUCGGUUUCUCGGUGGUGCCCUUCCUCUGCGGUACCGCGUUCUGUCUGCUGAACGUCCAAUUCGGUCAGAUGCUGCGCGACGAUGGCAUGAUCCGGGUUAACCUCAUCGGUCUCGCGCUCCACAUCGUGUACGUAUGUGCUUUCUACCUGUACACCGACGGUCCCCGGAAGGGUGCCGUUUGGGGCCGGAUCGGACUGGCGGGCGCUCUGACGGUGGCCGUGCUAUCGUACGUGCAGUACGAGGAUCCGAAAGUGGUCGAGUUCCGGUUCGGUGUGAUUCUGACUGCGCUGCUGUGGACGCUGGUCGGCAUGCCGUUGCUUGGGUUGGGGAAAAUCUUGAAAAACAAAAGCACCGCCGGACUGCCACUGCCCAUGAUCCUGCUCGGAUCGGUCGUUUCCUUUAUGUGGCUGCUUUUCGGCAUCAUUCUUCGGAGUAACUUUUUGGUGGUUCAAAAUCUCGUUGCACUGGGGCUGUGCGCAGUUCAACUAUCAUUGUUCAUCAUAUUCCCGGCGGAAUCUCUCAAACCUCCGCCGAGUCCGGCGAAAAAAUUCAACUAAGCUCCGAUCGUUUUGAUGAUACUGAGAACCGUUAAAGGAUUUUGCGCUACUUCGUGAACCAUCGAUGACGAUAGAGAGAAAGGGAUAAGAGAAUAGAACAGAGAUAUGAAGAGAGAUAAGAGAUAAGAGAAAGAGAGAUAGAGAGAUAGAGAGAAAGAGAGAGUAUUCGAAAAUGAUACGAGGAACGGUAAGGACAAUAACAGAACGAACAAAAACAUUCUUCCCUAAGUCUUGUUAGUACGUAAGGCUCGCCGUAGCGUAUGCUGCGUUGAACGAAUUCCGCAGUUUUCUGAAAUUCAAAGACAAUAAAAACGCAACAAUAAUGUUUCGUAAUUUAGGGAUAACGAAAAAGCACAAUAUACUGUUACAAAGUACGGUAACAUUAAGUGAUAAUUCUUGCGACAAAAAGCGGACAUUUACAUCAUGCUUCAAGAGUAAACGGUACACCACUUGUUAACGUUUUAAAGGUUACUAAUAAAAUAUAAAUCUCGUUAUGGGCAAAUUCA